UCCGGAGGAGUUAGCAACAGUGUCAACAUCCUCGCUAGAAAAUGUUUUGAUUUUGCGAACAAAUUUAGAAAAUCACAUGGAUAUAUUUGGGUCAGGAAGACGGCGUUCAAAGCCGUCAUUCCUCGGUGGAAUUGAUGAAGAAAGUCAAGGUGAAAUAAACCGUUCAUUUCAUCUGGAAACAGCAAGAGAUAACAGUGAGAAAAAAGAUGCAGAGAAAGAGAAGCAGGACGAGGAGGACAAUAAAGAUGAUGCCAGCAGUAGCAGUGAUGAUAGUGAUGGCGAAGAUUUUCUAGAUGAUUCUGAGGAAGAAUGGCAUGAUGUUUAUACUGAAAAUGCAAAACCUCCAAGUGCUUUAACAGUAACUCAUGUCAGUCACACACAUGAUCUACAGCAAUUGGCGGACAUUGAGGCAGCUGUAAAUGCCGAGCACCAGACUUCUGAUGAAUGGUUGAAAAGUCAUAGUUUAGAAUACAUGAACCUCGAGUUGAAAGACCUGGUUGACAGGGGUAAAAUAGGAAGACUUGAACCAGAUUUGAAGACAGGCAAGCCCAAACAGCACAUACAGUUUGAUGCAUAUGAUGUCAAUGAAUUUGAAUAUAAACUGAACUUGGCCAUAGAAACAUUCACAAAGAGAAUCAAAUGGCUUCUGACAGGAAGUAAAAGGGUAUUUGGUAAUGUGAAGGGUGAGAGAUGUGUACUGUGUGUUGACACUUCCGAUGCUAAUACAGGAUUUGGUAGGCUCACCGCAUUUCAGGAGUCUCUCAUUCAUCUUGUAGAUGAACAAUUUCCAGAAAAGAGGGGUAUAUAUCUGAUGUCAUUUGGAACAGACGUUGAUCCACUAUGGCCAGUUGUGAGAGAUGUUAAUAUUAGAAUAAUUGAAGAAGCAAAGGAGUGGGUCAUGAGACUAAAGCAAAGUGGAGGGUGUAAUUUACUGAAAGCAAUGAAGCAUAUAUAUAAGCUGAAGGAUAUUGAUUCAAUAGUGCUGGUUCUUGGCAGUGUCCCUGAUCAAGCAUCAGACAUUCUUUGUGACUAUCUAUACCAGAUGGGUGUAGGACGUUCUAUACCAAUACAUUGUGUGGCAUAUGAUUGCAGCAACCAACUUACAAAUUUGACAUUGAGGAACAUAGCAGAAGCUUCCCAGGGAAGAUAUCAUUGUUACACUGCUAGUUGUGAGGAACAGAUUUACACUGGUACAGAUAUCAGUGUGUUAUUGAAGGAGAUACAAAAAGCUCAGGAUGUCAUCAAUAAAAUCAAGGAGAUGAGACAGGGAAUGAUGGGAAGUGCUCUAAUUAGCAUCAUGAAUGAGAUUACUACAGAAGUACAGAAGUUACCACAGUCCAGAUUUUUACCCCGACCACCAGGUCAUGAUAAACCACUGAAAAUAGAAAUGCCAAAAUUCCAACCUAAAUCAUCUGUAGACUGGAUCGGACAGCAUGGACUAAAAGCCAAGCAGCUGGACUUGUAUCAGGUGUUGGCACCAAAUGCUUACUCAUACAAGGAAGAGUUUAUCCCUGUCAUAAAAAAGGCAGUCCAGUCGCAAGUACAUGAGAAAGCAAUGGUUCAGUUCAAGUGGCAUGAUGGUACAGUGAAGAAUGUACAUGUAGAUAUGACACAGCUGUUUGAGUACCAGAAACAUCUAGCAGCUACAGUUAGUGUGUAUGAAAGUCGUAUAGACUGGUUAGCUAGUGGAAGCAGGAGGAUAUUUGGUACAGUUGUUGAGAAAAAUGUUGUUAUUAUGCUGGAUCUGUCAGUGUCCAAUGUAAACUAUCUUGUACAUAUACAACAUUCACUGAGACUUCUCAUGGAACAACAACUCGCAAACAAGGAGUACUUCAAUAUCAUUGCAUUUGGCAGUAUUGCUGUUUCAUGGAAGCCAACAAUGUGCAAACCAACCAAGGAAAAUCUUCAAGAUGCUUGGAGGUGGGUGUUGGAUCUACAGUGUGGGGGUAGCAGAAACUUUUUGUCUGCAUUCAGAAAGUGUGUUGAAAAUGAGGAAGAGAGAAGUCACAAAAUAACUGCAGAAGGAAUAUAUUUGUUCACAAGUGGUGUACCAGACCAGGACAUUAAUGUAUGUCAAGGUUUUAUCGAGGAAAGCUGUGGUGGCAAGAACAUCAAACUACAUACAAUUCUCUUCAAUGUUGAUGACUAUGAUUCUAAUGGAGCAAUACCAGGAAGAUAUGCAAAUAUCACACGUACAGCUGAGUCCCUUAGAAACUUGGCACAUUCUAGCGGUGGCAGAUUUCAUUGGAUCAGAGAAACAGGCAUAAUUGAGAGUGAUGACAUUCAGGUUGUAACAACUGAGGUAGAUAAAUGUCUCAACUUUUCUCGUAAAUGCCAGAUGCUUAUAGACAAUGUGAAGAAAAAGUACAAGGAAAGAUAUCACACAGAGCAGAUAUUGGCUCUACCAGCCCCAGAACGACACCAGAGAUCAAGGAUAUCAGCCUCUAAACAGCUAGCUAUCAAGUAUGAGGCAGAGGAUGUAGAAGAGGGUGAAUCACGUACAAUGAAGUCACGUCAGCGGCCCUCAAGUGCUAAAGCAUCUGGUAGUGAAACCAUGUUACCUAUGCGAUCAAAAGAUAGGCCUGCCACAGCUAGGGACCCUCUAGAUAGGGUGAAGAAAAAGAAACUUUUGAAGUCUAGUUUUUUCUUGGACUCUGGAAAGACCCGGUCUGGGGAUGGCACUGGAACUGUGUUUAGGAAGUAUCCAGCCCCUCGACCAGUCAGGAAAAGUGUUGCACACCCUACUCUGCCAGACUCAGAAGAUCAAAUGACAACUAAAGAGUGGUUGCGACUAUACAGUCUGUCAAAAUUGAAAUUAGACCUCACAAAGCUGGUGUCAGGACCUGACUGCAAACAUGUAGAAGAUAGUGUAAAAACACUGAAUAAACAAGUCUCUGCAAAUUCUAAGGUGUAUGAGAGACAACAUUCCAGAUACUGUGAUAUCUUCCCAAGCAUCAAUAUAAAGGGUACAGUUAAACAUCUACAGUUGAUGCCUCAUGAGCUUGAGGACUAUGAGAAACAAGUGGAAAAAGUUCUCAAACGUUACCUCAAACGUCUACAGUGGCUUCUCAGUGGUAGUAGACGUGUAUUUGGAACAGUGGUACAUAGGAAAUGUGCUAUAUUGAUAGAUACAUCAGGGUCUAUGGUUCCCUACAUGGAGGAACUGAAAAAAGAGCUUGCUUCACUUAUUUGGGAACAAUUGUAUAGGCAGGGUUGUCGGUUUAAUUUGAUCAGAUUUUCUGGCAAUUGUGAGAAAUGGCAAGACAAUAUACAACCAGCUACCCAGGAGAAUUGUCAUUCUGCCAUCAAGUGGGCAUCAACCCUCAAGGCUAGUGGUAAUACAUGUACCCUGGAGGCACUGCAGCUUGCAUUUGAUGACCCGGAGAUAGACUCUGUGUAUUUGUUGACUGAUGGCAAGCCUGACACUAGCACCUCCCUUGUUCUCAGAGAAGUUGCAGAAAACACUGAAAAUCUUAUACCUAUCAAUACUAUAUCAUUCAACUGUAAUGACAAUACUGCCAACAACUUCCUCCAUCUAUUAGCUACAGAAACAUCAGGUCGCUAUCAUCGCUGUCACAGUGACUUUGAUGCUCAGUUAUUUGCACAUAAACUCCUAACUGAGGGAUUCUGUGAUGCAGAGUACCCGCAUUUACCUGAUCUGGAAGGUGAUGAUCUACGCAAACUUGGACAGGAGAUAACCCUGGCCAGGAAAUAUCUACAACAGGCAAGACAGUACAGAGCUCUAUAUAAAUCCAAGUCACAUACAUCGAAUACCACAGACUCGGGAGACAAUAGUGCAACAGCUAGAAGUAAGAUAUCGCCAUUUGUUGUUGGAAGACCAAAGACUUCAGCAAGAUAGUGACAGAGUGACCUCUCUAGUCUGUUUGACAUUUUCAGACAUUUUGUAUAAUAAUAGGUCUCCCACUAUGCGGUUGGGAAUGUUUACUGGCAAAAUGUGGUAGAAAAUCAAUUUUGAUAAUAGAUAAAUACAAUUUAUAUACAAAGUGUGCUUAUUUAUGUAAGUCAGUUAAGUCAGUAAGAUUUCCACCAGACACUGCUUUUAGCGAACCUGAGAUAAGCUGCCACUAUAGGUUGGUAAAACCUCAUCAAUAUUUCAGCAUUUUUACUUUAACACUAUUUUGAAACUACAUCUAAGAAUUUAUUCAAACCUUGUAAUAUGCACUGUAAAAUCAUUUUAUCUCAUGAGAAUAAAAUUUUGUGAUUUUGGCUAAAACAUUAAAAGGUAAAAUGAAAAGAUACUUUGUUUAUUCAUUAGGAUGUAUCUCAUUGAAUGCCAUUAAUUAAUGUAAUCAUGAAAUCCCUGAAAAUGAGUGCACAGACCGUAAUGAUUUCACACUGUGUGCCCUCUUUGUUACAACAAGUUUCAACAUAUUUGGAUGAGCAAUAUUUCAUUUGAGUCUCUUGUUUAAUGUAGUUUAUUGUUGUGGAAAAUUAAUGUAUUUUCAUCCACCAGUUAUGUAUUUAGUUGUUUAUGGUUAUAGCUAUAAUUAUCAUUAUUGUUUUCAUCCACCUGCUGUUUCAUUAUGUCAUGUUUCAGCCACCUGCUACUUCAUUUUAUCAAUUUCAAGAAAUAGCUAUGGAUGUGGAGAGGUAGUAGGUAUUUAGUACCAAUACCGUAUCAUUUUCACAGUCUAGUCUUUCAUUUGAUUCUAUGAUCUGUCCUGUUAGUUUACAUUAGAAGUACUUUGAUCACAGAGUAGAAUACUGUAUAAACACAUAAAUAGUAAUGUUUUGUUUCUUCCAUUCACUUCAGCUUUGUAAACUUUUAUAACAGAUCUGCAUUUUGUUGCCUAACAUAGAUUUUGUAUGAAUAUUGAUGGAAGUUAAGACAAGAUAUACUGGUAAUAGGCACAGAGACAGUUGUCAGUAUGAGUAUUCUUUUAUUAUUAUCCCUGCUAAAGUGGAGGGAUAUAGUUUUGUUGUUUCCAGUACAUAUAUUAUAUUCGUCUGUCUGUCUGUCUGCAGCCAUAUCUUAGUAAGUCAGGUUGAUUUGUUUGAUAUGUAGAUAUUGUGCUGGUAUACACUCACAGCUGCUAACCUGCCACUAUCAUCAAAGUCAAAUUAGUGUACCAGUUAUUGCCCUUUGAUUAAAAACCAGCAAUUUUUGUCCUUCAAUAGCAUAUCUUGAUAAGUGUUAGUCUGACAGUUAACUUUAUAUUUGGUGUGUAUGUUUGUAUUUACUCCAGCUGCAACCCAGCUAUGGUAUUGAAAAUCAGAUUAGUAUACGUAAAGUUAUUGCCCUUUCAUUACAGUCAGACCUGUGUUAAGCAGCCAGCCAAGAGAGUAACACAAUCUGUGUGCUGUAGACAAGUUGAAAUUCUAACAAAACGCCAAUUUAGAAGUUUACUGACUGGCUGGUGCUAAGGCAGGUUUAACUUAAUUAAAAACUGCAGUUCUGCAGCUGUGUCUUGGUUAGUCACAUUGAGUUGAUAUUUGGUGUGAAUUUUUGAUUUUACUUAUAUCUACAUCUCUGCAACUGUUUGGGUAUCAAUGGAUAUGUCCAGAGUUAUCACCCUUUAAUUAAUUUAAAACUGAAUUUUUUGUCUUUUUGCAGCCAGUAAAGGUUAAGUCACAUGAGUUAAUAAAUGAUGUGAAUGUUUUUAUUUCUUGUAGAUGCUUCUCUGCAAAUGUCAUUUUAAUCAGAGUUAUGUUAACAGAGUUAUUGUCCCUGAGUUGGUUAAAAUAGUUCUUUUUUGCUGAUAUCUUCCUCACAGUAUAUGAGCUUUAGUGUCUGUAAUUUGUUGAGAUUUGUAUGAACUGGAAGAUGCUUUCAGCAAAUUGGAUUAUUCAAAAUCUCAUUUACAAAGUUAUUCCCCUUAAUUUGUUACAUUACAAAUUAUAUUACAUAUUAUCUGUCCAACCUAUGCUAAAUCUAAUUACUUGAAUGGUUUUAAAUACUAGCAGAUACAUCACAGCAGCUGUCUUCUGUUUUGCCCUGUUUGUAUGUCAGUAAUAGCCCCUGAAAUGGUUAUAAAAGAAAGAUGUUUUUUUUUUUACUUACAAUUCUGCAUAUGUUUGAUAUUCUUAUUUCUAUGACCAGUUCAGCAGUGACAUUAGUUUCUUAACAGAUUGAGACUAGACAAAUAUUUCCCUGGGGUGAAUGUGUGGGGAUGAUAUUUCAUUAGAUGUGAUUGUUCAUGUUGUUAGUGUAAAAACAAAUAGUUUAUUGUGAAUUCACAGGAGACUAAUUUUCCAGGAAAUAAAAUCUCAAGGGUCAAAUAAACUCCUGUUAAUAUUGUCUCCAAAAUUUGAAAUGCAUUAACUUAUAUCUCUAUAAAAUAACAAGUAGACAUUGUGGCCAAAAACAGAAGUUUAUGCCCAGGAAGUACAAAUUAUUAAAAAGAGACAGAGUAGCAAUAUUCCUGUGAAAUAUAAAUUCCCAUACAUAAAACAGUAAGGCAGGUUUUUAUCCCCAACUCUUCCAUCCCAAUUUUUGAGGUGGGAGCAUUUAGAUUUGCCCUAGUCUGUAUGUCCUUCCACUCGUCCAGAUUUGUGUUGUGCAAGUCUGGAAAAGAAUUUGACCUAGAGUUAUCAAACUUCUGUGGAUUGUUAUUCAGUAUUUGAAAUCCUUCCUCCCCCGCCCUCUUAAUGAAAGCCCGGUGUUCUGUUUGAAACCUGGUCAGAAUCCUAGAAAAACCAAAUGUUUAUUUUAAUGACAUCAAUGGCGGUUGUGAAAUUGGGGCAGUUUGGAUCAGUAAAUAACAGAAAAAAACAUUAACAUAUAAAACACAGUUAUGGUUGGAUCUUCACAAAACUUAUCUAUCUGCUCUCGUACUAAACACAGUCGUUAUCUCCCAUGAUACAGUUUACCAUGACAUAUAUUAAAGGUCAGAUGAAUGCUUCAUGGUCAUCAACACUGUCUUGUUGUUCAACUUCAAAAAAUAUGUUUCAUCAAAUAUAGAUUCUGUAGAUAGAAUUUAAAAAUGUAUGUCAUUUCUAUUUUACAUUUUUAGAUAAAUGAAUUGUUUUUUACCUUUUUAGUAAUCUAGCAAUUGAAUUUGUUUCUCUGAAACUGAAAACUGAAAACUUUUCAGUUUCAGGAUAUAUACUUCCUCACUUUUUUUGAAUUUUUUUUCAAGGCAUGACUAUUGAUUUUUCAGUUUUGUUUCCAUUUAACUUGUCUCCAACAGACUGCUCCGAAAUUACAGUGGUGAUAGAAAUCAGUAACAAACCUGUGUUACUUAGUUCAAAAAACAUUUAGAUAUACAUCAUUUGCAUUGUAAAACUUCUAAGUUAUUUUGUAAAACCAAACAGUUUUGUGAUAGAUUUUUUUAUUUAUUUCUACAUCCAUCUUUACAAAAUGUUUUUGAUAUACAUUUUAUGUGAAAAUCUUAUUUGUUAAUGCUUUAUGCAAAUAGAUAAUUAAACAAGUAGAAAAUAUA